AUGGCCACUUUCAAGUACAUGUACGAAAAACGCACAAUUUUCGCAGGGCCACUGUUCGUCAGAGAAGGAGCAGACACCAAGAAGGUGUAUAUCGCUCUCUUCACCUGCGCCGUCAGCCGAGCGCUCCAUCUAGACCUUGUGCCUGACCUAUCAGCGGAAACGUUCCUCCGUUGUUUCAAGCAGUUUACGGCACGAUUUGGCAUCCCUCGGCACGUUACCUCUGACAACGCCAAGACCUUUAAGUCAGUGGCUAAGUCACUAGUGGGUUUGUUCGGUCUGCCCGAAGUCACCGACUAUCUAACAGCACACGGUAUGGAAUGGUCGUUCAACUUGGAGAAGGCUCCAUGGUGGGGUGGAUUUUAUGAACGUAUGGUCCGAUGUGUAAAACGCUGCUUGAGGAAGAUUCUCGGCCAGUUACGCGUCACGUACGAAGGACUGCUCACCUUCUUGCUCGAGGUUGAAGCAGUCCUCAACAGUCGCCCUCUGACAUUUGUGUCAACUGAAGAUGUCGAGGAGCCGUUAGCACCGUCCCAUCUACUGUAUGGUCGGUGCGUCCUGUCAUUUCCGACAGUUUGUCCUGAUGACGUCGAUGUCGCGUCAAUUAAACGAGAUGAGCUUCUACAUCGACUCACCCACCUCAACACACUCCUGGAGCAUUUCUGGUGCAGAUGGAGAAGCGAGUAUCUCCUCGAACUCCGAAACGCUCACAGGCGAGGCAAUCAGCACGACCAAGGAGCAACAGUGUGCGUCGGUGAUGUAGUAGUCGUGCACGACGACAAUGAGAAGCGUGGCCUGUGGAGACUAGCGUUAGUCGAAGACCUCAUACAAGGCAAAGAUAACAAGGUCCGAGGAGCGGUGAUAAAUGCUCUUCCCGCGGAGGACGAGCAUCCACCAUGCGUCGCCCGGUACACCGACUAUACCCCGUGGAGGUAG